GCCCGGCGGGUGGGAGGAGGAUAACAGUGGCCGCCGCGCGGGAACAUCCUCCAGUACGAAAACAAAGCUCACCUCUAUAUUUCAGGUGACAAGUGCAGCUCUCGCUUGUAUUAUUAGUUCAUCAUAUAUAGCUUGUCCAAGUUAGCAAGUUAAAAUAACCAUGAAGUGUACCAUUCCAGAAAUCUCAUGGCAUAAUAGAGAUCCGGUAUUGUCCAUAGAUAUACAGCCCAACUCCCAAGAUGGAAUCUACCGUUUGGCCACAGCUGGAACUGAUACACAUGUUGUGAUAUGGCAAUUGCAACUGUUGGACAAUGGGGGAGUUAGUGUAGACGCACUGAGUGACCUUACAAGACAUAAUCGUGCAGUUAAUGCUGUAAGAUUUUCACCUGAUGGAGAGAUUUUGGCCUCAGCUGAUGAUGAAUCGGCUGUCAUCCUGUGGAAGAAGCAAGAUUCAUCAAGCAAUGCUGAUAUAUUUGUGGAUGAUGUAGAAAAGGAGAAUAAAGAACACUGGACAGUUGUGAAAAUGCUUAGAGGUCACUUAGAAGAUGUUUAUGACAUCUGCUGGUCACAAUGCUCACAGUUCCUUAUUACUGGAUCUGUAGACAACACUGCUAUUAUUUGGCAUGUUGCAAAAGGUAAAAAUAUUGGAAUAUUAAGUGACCACAAAGGCUUUGUCCAAGGUGUUGCAUGGGACCCACAAGGACAGUACGUUGCGACUCUAUGUUCAGAUAGGUAUUGUAGAGUAUAUAAUGUUAACACCAAGAAAAUAGUACACAGAAUACACAAAACGACUUUACCUAUGGUUGAUGCUGAAGACAAUGUAACAGAAAAGCCUACCAGAUUAUUCUACGAUGACACACUGAAAUCCUUCUGCCGUCGACUCAGUUUUUCUCCAGAUGGGGAGUUACUACUGACUCCUUGUGGCAUUGUUGAAGAUGAUAAUGGAAAAAUAACCAAUGUUACAUAUGUCUUCUCUCGCCACUCUCUCUCCAAGCCAGUGCUUUAUCUUCCCACAAAGGACAAAUACACGUUAGCUGUCAGAUUCUGCCCCAUUCUAUUUGAGUUGCAGCCUAUACCACGUCAAGAAGAAGAAGCACAAAACGAUGAGCCUCGAGAACAGUGGCAAGAGUACUCAAAUUUGUUUAAUUUGCCAUAUAGAAUGAUAUUUGCCGUUGCUACUCAAAAUGCUGUUCUUCUCUACGACACGCAGCAACCAGUUCCCUUUGCAAAGGUCUCCAAUAUUCACUACACUCGUCUCAGUGAUGUAACCUGGUCCAGUGAUGGUCGCAUUCUUGUGGUUUCCUCAACAGAUGGUUAUUGUUCCCUAGUAUCGUUUUCCAAGGAUGAAGUAGGAAUUCCAUACAAAGAAAAAAUGAAAGAAAAUGUGAAGGAAAAUGUAGACAUAAGUUCAUCUAAUUCAGAGGAGACUAAGCCAGCAUCAGUAUCUACUGAAACAACAACAGUAGAGAUUGAAAAUGAAAAGUCACCCUCUUGCCAAUCUAAAAAGAAACCCAUGGUUGUCAGAAGAGCUGGAGAAAGUUCUAAGCCUGGUAAGAGAGUUGCACUGAUAACACUCUCUGGUCCGUCUGUCAAAACUGAUGAGAACUCAACCAGCCAUAAUUCAGAGUCUACAAAACCUUCUGUUAUUACUGAGGAUGCAGUAAUGGCUAUAGAUGAGGAAGUGAAGAAGAAGUUUGAAGGGGACAAUCAGAGCCCAACCAAGACCAUAAGGGAUGAAUCUCCAAUUAAGACGUCGUCUGGCGUGUCAAAGACACCGCGACGCGUGCCACUUAUUACUCUGUCCAGUCCUAAGGGAAAGAAGAGUGCUGGGAAUGAAUUUAGAUGAAAUUCUUAUGCAAGUCUGGUGAAACCCUGAGAAAAAAGUAUUGUACACUACUGCUACGAUUCUUCUUUGGUAGUGAACAAGUGUAAAUAAUGAAGAUAUUAAACAUGUUCUUUUCAGCAUGUACCUAUAUUAAUUCCUUCAUAUUGUCUGUUUUUUUUAUAUAUGAUGCCCUCAUUAGCUUAAACUUUUGAGUGUUGCAGGGGUGUUUUUCUAGAAAUUUGAGUGUUAUUUGAUAGUUUAUAGUUUUGUGUAAAGUAAUUUGUAUUUAAUUUAAUUUACUAUAAUAAAAUGAUGACAAAAUAA